GACAUUAACUAUCUGAACUGUCUGCUAGUUAACUUUGGGAAGAGAAAUUUUAAUAAAGACAAAACUAUAAUACUUGUAUAUUAUAUUUAAGCAAUAUGUGUACAUAUGUAAUUGGAAUUACAAAAAAUUACAUGGCGAAAAUUCUUUAAGUAUUUUAAAACAUUAACUAAAUAUUUGCUUUUCAUUUCAUUAGCAUUACUCGCUUACGGUGAGCGUCAAUAAUGCCGGAAGUGCGUAUGCGUCAACGACCUGGUGACCACUUGUGUGGCUUAGCCAAAUGGCAUCCGGCUUGGAUGCAACGUUUUGCAACAACAAAAUCAUUUAUGGGCGUCUAUGGAUUAUUGGGCACGAUUCAAGCCAUGUCCUACAUGUAUUUUGUCGUUACGUUAACCACAAUCGAAAAACGUUUUAAAAUUCCAAGUCAGACAACAGGCAUUAUUUUGAGCGGCAAUGAAAUAUCACAAAUCCUACUGUCACUCAUUCUCAGCUACAUUGGAGGUCAACGAAAUCGCCCACGUUGGAUUGCUUGGGGCAUUGUAUUUUGCGGUCUAUCCUGUUAUAUUUUAGCGUUGCCACAUUUCAUUUAUGGUGCCGGUGACGAUGCGCUACAUCUAACCGUUGAAUAUUUACAAGAGCACUCGUCGACCCUAGUGGAAAAUGUGACAAGUGCAUUCUCAUUGGUUAACUCGUCUACCUCUAUUCACAAUUCUCAAGAAUUGUGCGGUCUAACGAAAUCAUCUCAAGAAUGUGAGUCACUUUUGUCCAUUGUGCCGUUGAUCUUGAUUUUCCUGUCGCAAUUUGUGCUCGGUAUUGGCAACACUCUGUACUAUUCGCUGGGUCAAACCUAUCUUGAUGAUAAUACGAAAAAGUCUAAUACGCCACUUAUGUUGGCUAUGGCCAUGUCGCUGAGAAUGAUUGGACCAGUUGUUGGCUUCUUUUUGGGCUACAUAUCGUUGAAUAUGUACAUCGAUCCAUCCAAAACGCCUAUCAUUGAUAACAAGGAUCCACGCUGGUUGGGCGCCUGGUGGUUUGGCUGGAUGAUUUUAGGCACACUGAUGGUUCUAUUCUCCGGUUUAAUUGGACUCUUCCCCAAACAGUUACCUAAAAUGAAGUCCGAGCAUUACAACUCACACUUGCCGCGUAUGAUGCGUUUAGAGGAGCUCAAAAAAGAAGAGGGCAUACCGUUGGGCAGUACACUCUCUCUAAACGCUGCUUUGGAUGCAAAUGCCGCUGCACCAGUCGAUGCUGAUUUUCCACAACUCAAAGACUUUCCUAAGGCUUUGAUGCGUCUCUUGCGCAAUAAAUUGCUGAUAUACAAUAUAAUAUCGGGUGUGUUCUACAUUCUGGGCGCUGCUGGCUACAUGACAUUCUUGUCUAAAUAUAUGGAAGUCCAGUUUCAUAAAACCGCACAAACCGCCACGGUAAUUGUUGGUCCAAUAUCGAUCAUUGGGAUGGUGAUUGGUCUAAUUGGAUCUGGUCUUAUUAUAUCAAAAAAACGGCCAUCACCGAGUAAGGUGCUCAUGUGGAAUGUCAUAGUGGGCUUUGUGUACAUUUUAGGACAAACAUCAUAUAUUUUCAUGUAUUGUGGCGAUUCAAUUUCCUUGGAGGGCGGUGGAAACUAUAACUUCACCACUCAGUGUAAUAACAAUUGUUCCUGUAAUUCUGUGCCAUAUUCACCAGUCUGCCAUGAGGCUAGUGAUACAACAUUUUUCUCCGCAUGCCAUGCGGGGUGUAAAUCAUGGGAUCCAAAAAUAAGGAUUUUUUCAAAUUGUUCCUGCGUUGAAGCAAUCGAUGAUUUUACCAUUACGCCCUCACACACGGCUACUACACCUAGUUUUCUUACCAGCCUAAGCACUCCAGAACGACUACUAAAACAAAUGCAGUCAGAAUCUACAACAGGAGCGCCACCACUUCCCACAAACAUACCCUAUUUUAGCAAUCCGAUUACAUCAUCAACAACCACCAAUAGCAGCGUUUCACGCACACGACGCUCCAUAGACACGCUCUCCGAAAUACUCACACCUGGAGUAUGCUUAAAAGGUUGUUCUGUGGCCUUUUACAGUUUCACAAUUGCCUCGAUGAUCGUGAAUUGGUUCGGCUCAUCUGGACGGAUUGGCAAUUUAUUGGUUAAUUAUCGCUCUGUAUCGACCCAAGAUAAAUCCUUCGCUCAGGGGCUCUCUUUAAUGAUGAUCAGCUUGUUAGCACUUAUACCUGGUCCGAUUAUUUUUGGGCGUAUAAUUGAUUCGACGUGCUUAGUUUGGACGGAAACUUGUAAUGGCAGGGGAAAUUGUCAGCUAUAUGAACAGACAAAAUUCCGCUACUACGUGAAUAUAUUGGCUUUGUCGCUUACAUCAAUCGGUAUAGUCUUUGACAUUUUGGUCUGGUACCAUGGCAGACAUCUCGAUUUAUAUGGUGAAAAGGAGACCCAGCAUCUUGAAGAAAUGCGUCGAAAAGACAAACCACUUACUCCACUAUUGGCACAUAAGUCAUAAUCUGUAUGUGCAGCAAUUGACGUCUCACCUUUUGUACAUUUUUAAGUCCAUUGACAUAUUUUAAGUUAAAGUACUAUGUUUUAAAUUGAGGAAUUCAAAGAGAAAUAACGGAACUCUUAAACUUACUGAAUUUAGUAUGCAAGACAUGUACAGUUUGUCAUAUGUAUUGCAUACAUUUCGUUACCAAAAUUCACAAAUGGUUUUUAACCGGCAAUUUUUUCAAAUCAAAUUUUUUCACAAUUUCUAGUAGCUUAGACUAAAUUAAAGCUCUAAAAAAACAGUAAUAUAGUAUGUAAGCCAAAUAUAAUGAGUUUACAUAUAUUAGUAAAUGUGGGGAAAGGAGGGAGGAGGUGGGUGUUUGUGAUUAGCACUACAUGGGGAAAAAGAAAAAAAUCACUACUCGGGGAAAAAGAACAAUCCAUUAUUUCUUCGAUAGAUGGCUGUAGUGAUCGAUACCUCGUCAAGUAUCAAUCAAAUAAUUUAAAGUUUAAGCUCGUUGUCAAGGUGACAUUUCACACUAAAAACUCUUUUGCUGUUUUUUUGUUUGCUCCAUUCAGUUGUGAGUUACAGGGUGUUAACAAUGGAAGUUAACAAAGAGAAAAUUCGGUGCAUUUUACAAUUUUUCAUUGAUAAAGGCGAAAAUGCAAGUCAGGCCGCUGAAAUUGUGAAUGGUGUUUAUGGUGCCGAGUCUGUAACAGCUAAUUACGUGCAAUUUUAGUUUCGUCGAUUCCAUUCAGGCAUUUUUAAUCUUAAGGGGUAACACCACUGUAGAAAUUUCAAAAAAUUGAUUUUUUUUUUAUAAGCUUAAAAAAUUCUUUGAACCUUUUAAAAUACAGAACAAAAAGUUGUAUACGUUACCGAAGUCUAUUUCAUAAAUAUUUUAAGCUUUUAACCAAGCGUUAGUGACUGCUACCUAACGACUUCUCCAAAUUUCCAAACUUUAAACGCGUUUUUCUCAAAACACGUUUUCUGAAAU